AUGACAACUCGUAGCAGAUCCGAUUCAGAGAAAUCAAAUCUUGAAAAAACGGUGGAAGAACAUGGUGUUACUCUUUUAAAGGUGGAUGCAUUCAUGCAGAAGUCUGAACAGACGUUUGCAAGUCUUAAUGCGAAUGUUCAAGCAUUAUUGGCUAAGCUAAGUGGGGAUUCUGGUUACGAAAUGGUCAAUCAUCCUACAGCAGGUCCAAGCAACAGGAAUGAGCGAUUACAUAGGAUUGGGAAGAUUGAUUUCCCAAAGUUCGAUGGAAAUGAAGUAGAUGAUUGGAUAUACAAAUGUGAACAUUUCUUCAAUGUAGAUGAAACCCCGGAGAAUUUCAAGGUUCGUUAUGCAGCAAUUCAUCUUGAAGGAAAGGCAGUUAAAUGGCAUCAAGCUUUCUUGAAGACUAAAACGGUGCCUAUCUCGGAAAUUACAUGGAAAGAGUAUUCAGAAGCCGUUGUUAAUCGUUUUUCUUUGGUCCUGUUUGAAGAUGCAAUGGGUAUCUUAACUUCUUUGGCAGUAAAGCCUGAAAUUGGCGGACCUGUGAGGAUGUUUCAGCCAAAAACCAUGAAGGAAGCAUUCUAUUUGGCCAAGAUUCAAGAUACAACGAAUAAAUCAGUGAGAUCUUCUUGUGGGGGUAACAGGUAUUACUCUAAUAAUUCUGCAGUAGGAAAUAAGAUGCAAAGUACAGUCAAACCUCCUACUAAUGUUUCUCACCUACCUUUGUUACCAUCCCCACCUAUGUCAAAAAGAUUCCCUAAUACUAAGCAGAUAUCUAGUAAAGAGAAUGAGGGAAAGAGGGCAAGGGGAGAAUGUUUUUGGUGUCCUGAAAAGUUCACACCAGGGCACAAGUGUGCAAAUAAAAAGUUGUUUGUAUUGGAAGUGAUAGGGGUAGAUGAAGAUGAGGAAAAAGGGGGAGAUUAUAUAAUUGAUGAGACUGUGGAUCAUCAGGAUUGGCAGGAUCCACCACAGAUCUCUAUUCAUGCCUUAACUGGUAUGGUUUCAUACUCAACAAUGAAAGUGGUAGGUACCAUAGGAAACAAACAGUUAAGGAUAUUGAUUGACUCGGGAUCGACUCACAACUUUGUGAAUGAGAGUUUAGCCAAGAAGCUUAAGUGUCCCUUGAAACCUAUUGAUAGUGUUACAAUAGGGGUGGCUAAUGGAAAUGAGAUUGUGUGCGAAAAUUAUUCUCCUAAUUUCCAAUGGUUUAUGCAAGUUACUAUUGGGAACACUCAAUGCAGUCUUAAAGGAGUUGACAGUAAUAAGAUUUCCUUAUGUUCAGCAAACAGUAUGCACACUCUAUUAGGUCAACAAGACAAGGUGGUAGAAGCUCACUUGUUUAGCAUGCAACUGCAGCCUACCAAGAAGGAAUUUCAGCACAAAACGAAAGUCACUACAGUAAAGAAUAACAUGCAGUUAGAUAAAUUGCUAUCUGAGUUUGAAGAUGUGUUCAAAACUCCUACUACAUUACCACCAAAGAGGGCAUUUGAUCACAGAAUUCUGUUAAAGGAUGAGUCACAAGUAGUCAAUCUCAAGCCUUAUAGAUAUCAAUCAACUCAAAAAGAUUUGAUUGAAAAGUUGACCAAAGAGUUGAUGGAAACCGGUGUGGUGAGGGGCAGUUCAAGUCCAUUUGCAGCUUCUGUGGUUUGGUUAAAAAAAGAUGGUACCUGGAGAUUUUGUAUUGAUUACAGAAGGUUAAACGAUGUGACAAUCAAAAACAGUUAUCCAAUUCCAUUGGUGGAUGAAUUGUUUAAAGAAUUGGGUCAUGCUUUGGUAUUUUCGAAGCUGGAUCUUAGGGCAGGAUACCACCAAAUCCAGAUGCAUGAUGAUGACAUUCAUAAGACUGCAUUCAGAACACACGAGGGUCUGUUUGAGUUUGUAGUAAUGCCUUUCGGCCUAACUAAUGCACCGACAACCUUCCAAGCGUUGAUGAAUUCCAUUUUCAAGAAGUUUCUAAGGAAAUUUGUGCUGGUUUUUUUUGACGACAUAUUAGUUUAUAGUGAUAGUUGGGAAUCUCAUAUUGAUCACCUUAGACAAGUGCUGCUGAUUUUGAGAGAUCAACAGUUAUAUGCCAAGAAAUCUAAGUGCAAUUUUGGGGGGUCUUCGGUGGAAUACUUGGGUCAUAUAAUUUCCAAUAAAGGGGUGUCCACGGAUCCUAAAAAAUAG